UAAUCUGUUAUCAAAGAGAAUACGCGAGAAGAUAACAGAAAUCGUCGAAAUAAAAAAAAAUCUUUUUCAUUGCUGUUGCAAUAUUAUUGUUCUUUGAUUUGGUUCCUUUAUCGUGAGAUAAAACGUGCAUUUAUUCAUUAAACAUAAAGUGUUUUUAUUUCAAUCCAUAACAUGCUUAUGGAGUUACCCGAUGAAAUCGAACAGAACGACAGCGGCAUGGAGUCUCUGACGGCGAGCAAGGAUGAUACGCCUGAACGUAGGCCUGAGGAUAUGUUCAUCACACCAGUAGUUGGAUCAUCUCCAAGUACUAUCACACCCCCAAUCUUAGCUCUCAAAGAAUUUGACGACGAGCCAGAUGAGACUCUGACAGAAAGACUAUGGGGAUUGACAGAGAUGUUUCCUGAAUUUGUUCGUAACGGUACUUACACAGUGACAACAAAAACAUGGGGAGGAGUCAAAGGUUUUUACCAACUGUCUCGCAAUGUCAUGUGGAUAGUAGCAAGCUCGUCAGUUAUCCUAUUUGCACCUGUCAUUUUUGAAGUGGAAAGAGCACAGGUUGAAGAGAUGCAGAAGUCUCAACAAAAGCAGGUGCUGCUCGGAACAAACACUGCAAUGACAGGCCCAACCCCUGGCUUGCCUCCCAUGCCACGAUAACUAUAAUAAACCAAAUAAAAUUAUCUUAUAGAGAAAAACCCAUUUAUUGUGUAAUCUGAGUGAGCGUUAUGUAACUUCUAAUGUCAGCCUGAAUGCUUUAAUGUUAGUUUAGGUAAUAAUAGGUACUAAUAUCUUUUGGCAUCUCAACUGAAAGAUCUUUCUGCAUUUUCAAUCCAAAUUCCUAAAAGUUAUCUUUUUAACUUAUGUAUUUAAUAUUUUAUGUCCAAAGUAUGAAAUAACUGUUAAUCAAAGUAAAUUAUUUUUCUGACAAUAAACCUGAGCAUUUUUUUAGUUUAGAUGGCAA